UCAGUGUUCUGGCCAGAAAAGCCGGAUGAACACCUGCUUCGGUAAAAAGAGUUCCAGGGUUCCCUUCAAUUGCUGUAGUAACCUGGGUCCGGGGCCUCGGUGGUGCUCCUGAUGUCCCUCACCCACCCCUGAAGAUCCCAGGUGGGCGAGGGAAUAGUCAGAGGGAUCACAAUCUUUCAGCUAAUUUAUUUUAUUCGGAUAAUCGGCUGAAUGUGACAGAAGAACUAACAUCUAAUAACAGGACAAGAAUUCUGAAUGUCCAGUCAAGGCUUACAGAUGCCAAACACAUUAGUUGGAGAGCAGUGCUGAACAACAACAACCUCUAUAUUGAAAUACCCAGUGGUGCUCUGCCUGAAGGGAGCAAGGACAGUUUUGCAGUUCUUCUGGAGUUUGCUGAAGAACAGCUUCAAGUUGAUCAUGUGUUCAUUUGUUUCCACAAGAACAGAGAUGAUAGAGCUGCAUUGCUCCGUACUUUCAGCUUUUUGGGCUUUGAGAUUGUGAGACCAGGGCAUCCCCUUGUCCCCAAGAGACCAGAUGCUUGCUUCAUGGCCUACACGUUUGAGAGAGACUCAUCAGAAGAAGAAUAGAUUGCAAUGUUUGCCUCUUAGAGCUUUCUUGUUGUCUAUAAAGAUGAUUCUGUA